UAACAAUUGAAUUUUAAUUAUGCGACCUUCAUUUUAAAUCAGACAUUUUAUUGUGCAGAACAACUUGACACGUUUUUAACACAAUUGAAAAGAUCAUAACAAUUUGUCCAGCAAUGAACAUAUUAAUGCAGAUGUGGAUUUACAGAAAACUUCUUGUUAGAUUUAUGGCACAGUAUUUUUAUUUACUGAAUGUUGCUGCUUCAGCGGAAGGAAUUGGAUGGAAGCUUCAAACAAUUCCAGCAGUAUUUGGUAGUGAUGUAGUGUUAGAGUGUAUACUUCCAUCAAGUACAUGCUGUGACAGAUACACCAGGAGAUGGCUAGGUGGGGGAAAUCUGAAUUUGCUGAUAAUGGAUGGUAUAUCAUCAAAACCAGACAAAUACUCAGAAGAAUUUACAAAGGAAUCCCGUUCAUCCAAAUUAACAAUACAUAGUCUAGAUUCAAAGGAUGUAAAUAUACCGUAUCAAUGUACUUACGGGUUUUCAAAGGAUGUCAAAUUGCUCAAUAUGACAGACUACAAUUUUGAAAGCAAGGAUGCCAAUUAUGUUGGAAAACAUUAA